GAAAAAAGGGGAAGGUGAUGAACACUCUUUAGUUUUGUGUAUGAGAAACUCAACACUACACUAGAGUUGAUCUAAAUACAAAGCACUUAUUGGGUCUUUUCAGUGGUGUCACUGGUGUGGGAGGCCUUUUUCACCUCUGUGUGUGGUUUUCUAGAGUGAAUCAGGGAGUGACAAGUGAUCUGUAGUUUGUGUAGUCAGAUAAACCAGUUUAGCCUUUAAAGGACUAUAGGACAUUUACAUUUUUAUGCUUUUAUCAUGGCUGGACAUCUGCUGAUACUCAUCCUCACAUAUUUAGUUUUUGAAGUAAAAGGACGAGUUCUUCGUGCACCUAAACUGUUGGUUGAUCCUCCAGUGAUCACAGAGAAAGCCACAGUUACAUUAAACUGUCAGACUCCAUCACCUGUAUCUGAGUGUUUCUACUUUAUUGGAAGACAACCUGCUAAACGGUUUUCAUGUCUGAAGAAACUGACAGGAACUGAGCUGUUGUCAAUUGUGAAACAAAGUCCACCAACUGAGAUUAAUGUAAAAUGUUUUUACUUUCAAAAAUAUGCAUCAUCAUACAGUGACUCAUUCUCCAUCACUGUUCAAUCUCUUUUUCCACCUACACUGAUCAUCGAUCCUCCAGUGAUCACAGAGACAGACUCAGUUACAUUAAACUGUCAGACUCCUUCAUCUGUGUCUGUAUCCAGGUGUUAUUUCUACACAUUAAGUGGAAGAAUUUUAGGAGACUCAUCAUGUGUACAGACACUGAAAGGGGCUGAUCUGAUGGUGAAUCAACAUCUUCCUGUUGAAGUUAAACUAAAAUGUUAUUACAGUGUAAACCACAGGGAGGCUGAUUCUCCGUCUCCACACAGUGCCUUUACAUCUGUCACUGUACAAAGUCAAAAACCACAGAUAAGUGUUCAUCGUGAUGAAAGUUUUGUCAUUGUGUGUUCACUACCUGAACAUGUGAAGGAUGACACACGAUGUAACCUGUACUUUGGAGAAUCAACUCGUCCCCAAAUAACAGCAACUACCUGGGGUAAAAAGACCUCAAACAAACAGAGGAUCUGCCAGUUUUCUGUCCCAGUGAAUGAGUUGUUGAGAUUCCUUGAUGUAGUCCAGAAGAAAGAUGUGAGCUGUGAUUACAGUUUGUCAGACAGCUCUGUGUCUCCUCGUAGUGAUGGAUACAGUUUGACUGAUAUUGUGAACACAGAGUCCAACAAGAAACCAGUUCUCACAGUGACACCAGAACUAGUGACUGAUUUCACAAACAUACCGACCUCUGAUGAGUCUCCUCUAAACCCAACAUCAGAACACAACACUGCAGAAAUUAUGACUGAUCCUACCAUCAGUCUGACCUCUGCUGCUCUACAUCCAACAUCAGAACACAAACCUACAGAUCAGACACCUCUGUGUACUUCUAAAGUGAGUGUUUUGAAUGUGACCCAACAAAAGCAAGACUCAAGUAAUAAAGAAACAGUACCAUGGAUAUGGAAGUGGGUAAUAUUAGUGGCUGCCUGUGGAGUUAUUCUGGGAGUCAUCUCUCUGGGACUGGUAGUUUGUUGCAACAAAGGAAAAAGUGAUAAGUGCAUUCAUAAGAGGUCACGAGCAAAAGGGAACGGCGACUUAAUGCUCACAACACAACUUCACUGUGGAGAAAUGGGAGAGGAUCCUCCUGCUAACAACACAGCCUACAGUCAGAUCACCUGUGUACCUGGUUCUGAAAUGUUGAACGAGCAAAAGCCUCAAAAUACAGAUCCUGAUGUAUACCAUGUUUAUGCCACUAUCCCUGAUGAUCAAACCUCACCUGCUGAUGGACUGGGUAUGUUUUAUAGCACUGUACAGGCAAUAUGAGACAAAUGCACAGCUUGGCCAAAAAAACAAAAAAAAAAAAAAAAGCAGAAAAUGAAAAUAUUCACUGUAGCAUCUU